GGUGGGUUUUACUUAGAGUGAGCGUAAGGGUUUUCCUUAUGCUUGUUUGCGUUCUUUCAUCCACUGAAAUAUAAGCCCUGAAGGCAGGGACUUGGUUUUGUUCAGUGCUCUCUGAGUCCUACUACAGUGCCUGGAAUGCUCAGCAAUUUUUGUACUUGGGAGACCUGCUUUCUAUAGGCUCAGCAUAUGUUUUAGUGACUCCGCAAUUGAAGCAAGGCCAUUUGGAUAUUUUCCCUCUCUUAGUGUGGACAAAUGGAAUGAGCUUGGUAAUUAAAUUCUGAUGGCUGGGAAUAAAGGAAGAGGACGUGCUGCUUACACCUUUAAUAUUGAGGCAGUUGGAUUUAGCAGAGGUGAAAAGUUACCUGAUGUAGUAUUGAAGCCACCCCCACUAUUUCCUGAUACAGAUUAUAAACCAGUGCCACUGAAAACAGGAGAGGGUGAAGAUUAUGUGCUGGCCCUGAAACAGGAGUUGAGAGAAACAGUGAAAAGAAUGCCUUAUUUUGUAGAAACGCAUGAAGAAAAACAAGAUAUUGAAAGAUAUAGUAAAAGAUAUAUGAAGGUGUACAAAGAAGAGUGGAUACCAGAUUGGAGAAGACUCCCUAGAGAGUUGAUGCCAAGAAAAAAAUGCAAAAAAGCAGGCCCCAAAUCUGAAAAGGCAAAAGAUACAGGCAAAGGCACUUCACUCACUAAUACUGCAGAUGUAUUGAAAAAAAUUGAGGAAUUAGAAAAGAGAGGUGAUGGUGAAAAAUCAGAUGAGGAAAAUGAAGAGAAAGAAGGAAGCAAAGAGAAAAGUAAAGAAGGUGAUGAUGAUGAGGAUGACAAUGCUGCAGAACAAGAGGAAUAUGACGAAGAAGAACAAGAAGAGGAAAAUGACUACAUUAAUUCCUACUUUGAAGAUGGAGAUGAUUUUGGUGCAGACAGUGAUGACAACAUGGAUGAAGCAACCUAUUAGCUAUGAAAUUUCUCAAAAAAUAUUUUUAUGAUACAGCUUCUGAACAUUUGAACAGACUUGUUUUCUAUUUUGUUUCUCAUAAGGAAUGAGUAUUUAAUUUUGUUCCUGUUUUGUUGGAAAGAUACUUGUUACCAAAAUAUUCAGAACCACUUUGAGUUUACAUACUAGUUACCUUACCAUUUCGUCUCUGACAUUCCUUCUCAACACCUCUGUCAUCUCUCUAAUGUAUUCAAGUGGAUUUUUUUUUUUUUUUGGUAUGAUUUGGAUUAGAAUGUACCUAAAGAGUUUUUGCAUCUUUUAAUCUAUGUAUUCAUACUUAAACAAAUUUUUCUUGUUUAACUGCUGAUCUUUUCUAAAACUACUAGUCAUCAUAAUGGAUUUCUAUAAUCUGAAAGUUGGUUUAAUACUGCACAUGGAGCACUUUAAAUACAAAGAAACUUGAAAAUAAUUUUAUUUUUUACUUUUACAUGGUAUGUUCUGUGCUACUAUAUUAUGACUACAUAAACCUACCUGAGCUCUUACAAGUGCAUAUUUUAUGUGAUUAAGAAUUUCGUGAUUGGAAACACAUGCACAGGGAAAAAUGCCAAUCUGAGCUUAGUAAAUUUCACAGCUUACAUCUCAACCAAUACAAAGGCCUGGGAUGAAUAUUAAAAAUACCUGAAUUGGAGGCUAACUU